CAUGUUUUACUGAAACACCAAUCUCGCAAGAAAACAAGAAAAUUGCGAAACCGAGCCAGUGCAGAAAACAAGAACAAAAGCUUCACAAGAUUCGAUUCUAUUAACCUAAUUAUCAAGGUCACAUGGCUUGGAGGCGUUUGAUAACACAGGUUGAAAGGCGUCAAUCAGAAUUUGGAAAGGUCAAAGAUAUAUUGAGUAGAAGCUAUUUAUCACAUAAUAAGUUUGAUGGCUGUUCAAGGAAUGGGAUUUUAUUCUCCCAGGAAAGAUCCCAGUCCAGCUAUCUUGGAAAUCUGGCCCGACGACUACGCGAUUCAUCUGAAGCUGAGGAAGCCUCUUAUCUAAAAGAACUUUACCGUCGAAAUGAUCCUGAAUCUGUGAUUAGAGCAUUUGAAAGUCAGCCAUCUCUGCAUACGAAUUCUUCGGCACUUGCUGAAUAUGUUAAAGCAUUGGUUAAAGUUGAUAGGCUGGAUGAAAGUGAAUUACUCAAGACUUUGCGAAGAGGUAUUUCCAAUUCUGUGAGAGAGGAAGAAAGUAGUUUGGGUGGCCUUGCUGCUCUCAGAAAUGUGGGUAAAUCUACAAAAGAUGGAAUUCUUGGAACUGCAACUGCUCCUAUUCAUAUGGUUGCUGCAUCAGAAGGUGGAAAUUUCAAGGAACAGUUAUGGCGUACAAUUAGAUCUGUUGCCGUGGCCUUCCUCUUGAUUUCUGGUGUAGGAGCUCUCAUUGAGGAUAAAGGAAUUAGUAAAGGUCUUGGUAUGAAUGAAGAAGUGCAGCCUAGUGUGGAGACAAGUACUAAAUUUAGUGAUGUGAAAGGUGUGGAUGAGGCAAAGGCGGAACUUGAAGAGAUUGUUCAUUACCUUAGAGAUCCUAAGCGCUUUACUCGUCUAGGUGGCAAACUCCCAAAAGGUGUUUUGCUUGUUGGCCCGCCUGGCACUGGAAAAACAAUGUUGGCAAGAGCCAUUGCUGGAGAGGCUGGAGUUCCUUUCUUUUCAUGCAGUGGAAGUGAAUUUGAAGAGAUGUUUGUUGGUGUUGGUGCACGAAGAGUGAGAGAUCUUUUUACUGCUGCAAAAAAGAGGUCGCCUUGUAUAAUCUUUAUUGAUGAGAUUGAUGCUAUUGGCGGAAGUCGAAAUCCAAAAGACCAAAUGUACAUGAAGAUGACUUUAAAUCAAAUGCUUGUUGAGUUAGAUGGAUUCAAACAAAAUGAAGGCAUAAUUGUGAUUGGUGCUACUAAUUUUCCUGAGUCACUAGAUAAGGCUCUGGUGAGACCUGGGCGUUUUGAUCGCCAUGUCGUUGUUCCCAAUCCAGAUGUAGAAGGACGGCGACAGAUUAUGGAAUCUCACAUGUCAAAGGUUCUGAAAGCGGAUGAUGUUGAUCUGAUGAUCAUUGCUCGGUGUACACCUGGUUUCUCUGGUGCUGACCUUGCAAAUUUGGUUAAUGUUGCUGCCCUCAGGGCUGCGAUGAAUGGUUCCAAAGCUGUGAGCAUGCAUGAUUUAGAGUUUGCCCGGGACAAAAUCAUGAUGGGAAGUGAACGCAAGUCAGCUGUUAUAUCUGAGGAGUCAAGAAAGACUACUGCUUUCCAUGAGGGUGGCCAUGCCUUGGUAGCAGUUCACACUGACGGUGCGCUUCCUGUUCACAAGGCAACUAUAGUUCCUCGUGGGAUGGCUCUUGGCAUGGUUUCUCAACUGCCGGACAAGGAUCAGACUAGUCACUCUCGUAAACAGAUGCUUGCUAGGCUUGAUGUUUGUAUGGGAGGUCGGGUUGCUGAAGAGCUAAUUUUUGGAGAAAGUGAAGUUACUUCUGGUGCAUCCUCAGAUCUUUCACAGGCAACUUCUUUGGCCAGGGAAAUGGUUACAAAGUAUGGUAUGAGUACUGAAGUUGGUCCGGUCACUCACAAUUACUAUGAUAAUGGAAGAAGUAUGAGCUCAGAAACUAGGCUGCUUAUUGAGAAAGAAGUGAAGAACUUACUGGAGAGAGCUUACAACAAUGCAAAAACUAUCCUAACCACCCAUGAAAAGGAGCUUCAUGCACUUGCAAAUGCUCUUCUGGAGCAUGAGACACUUACAGGAAGUCAGAUAAAUGAAUUAAUUGCAAAGGUCAAAUCCCAGAAGCAACAACCGCAGUCACGUGUUGUCGAAGCUCAGGGAAAUUCUCGGCCCAAUCCAGCAGCUGCUGCGGCAGCAGCGGCCGCUGCAGCCGCAGCUUCUGCUGCUGCAAAAGCUCAAGGAGUUGCACCAGUAGGAUCUUAGCGCAGAAAACUGGCGAUGCUAAAUAAUCACUACCGGAUUAAUAUGUGCAGAUAGUAAUUAAUCGGUGUUUUUGUGGGUUCCAUCAAAUUCAGUCCAUGGAACUCGACUGUGUUUUUGUGGGUUCCAUCAAAUUCAGUCCAUGGAACUCGACUGUAUUCAGGGUCAGGCUGACCCCAUAUUUUAGUGAGUUGAAAUAUCUUGUAGGAGUUCCCAUUAUUAUUUUUAAUAAUUGUCUUGUUACUUUUAUAUAGGAUUAUUAUCCGUCAGAACUGCAAUCAUAUUUUUAUCUUAAACUUUCA